GAAGCGGUAGAGACUGUUGGAAACCCCGCCCAUCUCGCCCAGCAAGUCCCUACAGACAGAGAGAGGCAGAGAGGAAGAGUGCAAGAGUCAGAUAAGAAAGAAAAAGCACAACAUGUUAAGUUUUGAUAAAACUCAUACUGCUGCAGACACCCCACGUUGACAUCGUACCUUGAAACCAAGAAAUGAAUAUCAUUACACAGGUACAACUGUUUCAUCCCCCAAAUGAAACACAUCUUAUAAUAAAGAGUAUUAUUAACAACAACCUCAAGAAGCUCAAGAAAUUAGUAAAGGAAACCAACAUUAAUGAACUUUACCCAUGCAAAGACGUUAAUGACUAUAUAACUCCUCUGAUAGCUGCUGUUGGAAAUCAAAAUGAGGAUAUUUUUACAUUCCUUUUGGAACGGGGUGCUGACCCAAACAAGGCUUCCAGUAACGGCCUUACACCUCUGCAUUAUGUAUCACUAUCCAAAGCACCAGCUAUUUUCGUUGAGAAACUGCUUGAAGCCAAAGCUCAUCCAAAUGGAUCGAAUCCAAUGUGUACCCCUCUGCACACUGCUGCCAUCCAUGACAGGGACGAUGUCUUCAGAGUUCUCCUUUCAGCUGGUGCAGUGGUAACAUCCUUGCCUGGGGCUCAACAUAAAUUACACAAUGAAAAGAUAUCUAAGAGGAUUCAAGACCUUGCAUCGAGGGGAGAUAAAUUGUGCUCCAAAAUCAGAUAUUUCCUAGAUAUGGAAAUUGCUGUGCAAGAAAAAACACCUGAAGAAGUGUUCAAAACGUUUGACAGUCACAUGCUGUUGGAGGAUCCUCAGACCCAUCUGACAAUGAUUGAAAGACUUUUUAAUGCAACUGGGCAACAUGCAGAAAAAUACCGCCAGCUAAGUAUCAAAUGGCUGAAGGACACUGGAAAUCUUGACACGUACAUUGCAGGUGCCGUCAGUCGCUUUCCAAACAUUCCCCACCAGGAGUAUGUUAAAAUAUCAAUUGUCACUUUACAUGCAGUUUUUUGCACUCUUGAAGAUAUACCAAAUGAGCAAGCUUUGGAUAUAAUUCCCCAACUACUGAACCAGCUUAGCUCAAAAGAGAGUCCUGAUAUAUGGCACAAUGUUUUGCUCACACUAUAUGUGAUAACACAGAAGACAAAAGGCACAAAUAGAUGGGAUCAGAACUUUGUUGAGAAGAUAUGCAAGACAAUAACUCCUUUUGUAGAGAACCGAUACCACUCUGACAUAAGACUUCUCACAUACGGCACAUUCGCAAACUUACUUUCAGUUAAACAUGCAACCAACAUCUUUGCAUCAGUGGGGAUAACUUCAGUGCCUGAGGACAUACUGAUGUCUGCAGAAAUGGAUACAAAUGAGAAAAUGAAAGAAGUGCUUAAGCAACUGAAAGAUCAUCUCAGCAAGCCAAGCAUGGACUCUGAGGACUCUACAGUCUUACCUGAAUCCAAAAAGAAGAAGAAAAAGAAGAAGAAAAAGAAAAAGAAAAAGUCAGAAAACCAAGAAGAAUCAAAUGAGGAAGUUUGCACUGCUUCAUCUAAUCCAACAGUAGGCCCUGUUGAGGAGACCACUUCAAAUGUGAAGCCAUUCCAUGUCCAAACUACUAAAUCAAUGCCACGCAGAUGGGAACAAAGCAGCGUGAGGUGGAGAGAAAAGUUAGAGAAGCUUGUGAGUACUGAUGAAGAAGUGAGCAGAAUUGGGAGCAUGAUAUAUGUAAAUAAAGUAGAAUUCUGCAUAGCAAAAGGGAGUGACGGUACCCAAGUCUUCUUGGGGCUGAGAGAUGAUGGCACUGAAGUUGCUAUUAAGAAAAUGUACAAAUGCAACUAUCAGGUGCUGAAGCAUGAGGAAGGAUUUCUACGGCUUCCAGAGCUUGACCAUCCAUCCAUUGUGAGAUACAUUGACCAAUCGGAGGAUGACAACUUUGGAUAUCUUGGUCUUCAACUGUGUGAAUAUACCUUGGAAGAAUACAUCAAAACGCAUGAUGAUAGUCACUUGAGAAAGAAACUUGUCUAUCAAGUUCUCGAAAGUUUAAGGGUGCUUCACUGUCAAGAUCCUCCCAUUCUCCACCGGGACCUCAAACCACAGAAUGUUCUGAUCGAUGUGAAGAGGAGGGCACGAUUAGCUGAUUUUGGCAUCAGUAGACGGUUACCCAAAGACCAAACAUCUUAUCGCACUUCCAGAGCAGGGACAAGAUGUUGGAUGGCCAAGGAGACUUUAUCAGAAGAAGACGACACUAAGAUACCAUACAAGCCAAACUGUGAUAUACAGGUGGCAGGGAUGGUGAUUUAUUAUAUCCUCUCUGGAGGGCACCAUCCUUUCGGUGACAAACCCCAUAAAUGUGAGAACAACAUUGAUGAAGGGAACUACACUUUGGAGCAUGUUCAAGACGUGUUGGCAAAAGACCUCAUUGAGUGGAUGAUUGAUGCAGAACCAAAGAACAGACCUAAAGUGGAAGAAUGCUUGAGGCACCCCUUCUUCUGGACCCCUGACAGGAGAAUAGAAUACUUGAGAAAAAUGGGAAACAGGAAGGAGGCAGAAAACUGUCGAAAUGCUGACAAGGAAUUAAUUUCUUCACUGGAGAAAUGUGAUGGAUCCUUCAAAGAGUGGAAAGAUAAGUUUCCACCAGAGUUGCUGCAGAAGAUGGAUGGCAAGAAGAAAUGCUACCCUGAGAACACGUUGGGAUUACUGCGCUGCAUACGAAACCUCCAGGAGCACUAUGAGGUUGAAGCAGCUCAAGUUGAUGUGAUGGAGAUAUAUCCUGAUCUCUUCGCAUGUGUUUACAAGUUUGCCAAGACUCAAGGGUGGAAUUCAGAGACCCCGUUGAAGGAAAUGUUCCUUAGAGAAGACAUCAGCACCAGCUUUACAUCCACAAGCCCUGAGGAGCCUCUGUCUGUCCCCGUACAAGAGUCUCAACCCAGCGACUUGAAGUGAAGAAGUACUUGAGUCUUGUAAGCAGUCAGAGAAUAAAAGCACAAGCAAUUCUGAAUACGCCUGUAAGGCUUUGCGUGUGCAUUGUACAUAGGAACUAUUUCCAAAGGCUGACAGUAAGUGUACUGUAGUUCAAUUUUAGGGACCUUUUUCCUACAUUUAAAAAAAAGAAAAUCACUUUUUAAAAACAUUAUUAUGAUGAACUAUGCUACCUGUAUUUGCAACAUAAUUGUUUCAUGGCUUCAGUCUAUUUCUUUUACCACUUAUUAUACACAAGGGAUAUGAUGAAUACAAACAUCAGGAAAUUGAAAAAGUUAAACCACUGAAUUAGCUGCAUCUCAAAUUAAUAACUAUUUUGAUGCAUCAAUAUUACCAGUAAAGUACCUGAGACUGACGAAGUUCCUUAUUUUAAAGAUUUUACUGUUGACAUUUUUCUUUCCACUAUAGUUUAAAAAAAAUCACAUUUACAUUUUAGAAUAUUUUAUAAUUUUGUAUUACCAUGGUAUUGCUAUAAUAUGUUGGGGGAGCAGAAAGUGAGGGAGUUGAUAUAAUGAACUCUGAACUACACAUACAUUGACACUGAUAGAAGCUCUUUAAGUGUUUCAGUGAUGUCAGGGAAACAAACAUACAUACACUGUUGUACUAAUAGAAUCAUUUAACUUUUUAUUUUUCAACUAAAACUUUAAAAGGCUCCUCACUGAAGAAGUGAUAGCUCAAAUGUAUGAACAAAAUAAAAAUACAUCAUUUGUUUGUCUACAAAUGAAGGAAACUAUGUGUUUAUGUAAAUAUGUUCACUCUCGUUGAGAGGCUUUUUCCGUCUGUCAUUCUCUUCUUACUAAUACUGAAUGUUAACUUACAAGCUACAAAAUGUGCAUACAACAUGGACUGCAAUGCCACUACCUGUUUGUCACACAAAAACUGAACAGAACUUUGCACUUACUUUAAAAAAAACAAAUACAAAAACAUUACUGCACCUUGCAACUUAAAAUAUACAUUAAAAAAAGGGUGUUUGCUAAAUUAUUUUUAAAUGAUCCUAACAAACUCAGAAGUCUACAAGUGCAUGGUAUCGAUCUCUAGUUCCAAGUGUCCUUUAAUACAGCAUGAUGUGAAUUUCAAAAAUGAUGUUCUCUUUUUGAGUAAAAUAGACGAUCAAGCAGCGUAUGCUUAUGGUCGGAGCAAACUUGUGAUUGACAGGUUGCUACAACAGUGUUAUUUGCUUUUGGUGUGUCCAGUGUUUAAUAUAUUUAAAGAACAUAAAAUAUGCUUAAUAAGGACCAAGUGUAACAUUACAUUGGAUGGGAUUCCAUGUUUCACAAUUUGAUACCAAAAAAUGCUUCAAACUCAUCAAUAGUUGCCAUAGUGACAGAACAGUUUUUGUAAGUGCUCUAUAACUGAAGUUUUUUAUGGCAACAUAUCUUUCCUGGUAACAUCAUGUUUUCUUAUUCCCACAGAAACUGUGAAGCAAAGAAGUGAAUAUCAUCCCACAGUUACAAAUGGAGCAAGCUUCUGCUAAAAUCACCCUACUACUGGGACAGCUUUGUUCACAUGAGCAAACUGACUAUAAAGGCAUUCUGGAAGAAUUAGUUAUGAUAACACGGACAACAAAAGGCACCACAGACUGGGAUCCCAACUUUAUUGAGGAGGUUUGCAAGACGAUUGCUCCUUUUGUGUGUCAAGACUACUCUGAUGAGAUUCGAGCCUUAAUUCAUAACUGUUACAUGUCUAAUAUGUGUAAUAUGUAACGUAAAACGCUUUGAGCACAUGGAAAAGUGCUCUAAUAUUUUUUUUUAAUGAAUUAUCAUUAUUAUUAUUUAAGCAAAGUAAUUUAUGUGGUGUUGAAUCUUUUGUCUACAAUUGAUGUGUGAAAAAUAACAGAUGGCCCUAGGGACGUGGCUUGGGAACCGGAAGGUCACCAGUUCAAGUCCCUGAAAGACCAAGUGCUACCAAGGUGUCCCUGAGCAAGGCAUUGUUCCCCACACUGCUCCCCGGGUGCCGUACAUAUGGCAGCCCACUGCUCUUAAUACUAGUAUUGGUGAAAUGCAGAAUGUAAUUGAUCAUCCCACAGUUGUCACAGAGGUGGGAUCAAGGAAUCCUUUCUUCUUCUCCUAAACUGUACAUGCAAACUUGAGUAUCUAAAUAAAUGAGUUAAAAAUCUGA